AUGGCGGAAACCUUCGAGUUCCAGGCUGAGAUCUCUCAGCUGCUUGGUCUCAUCAUCAACACCGUCUACUCGAACAAGGAGAUCUUCCUACGAGAACUCAUCUCCAACGCCUCAGAUGCCCUCGACAAGAUCCGGUAUGAGGCUCUCUCAGACCCCAGCAAGCUCGACAGCGGCAAGGACCUCCGCAUUGACAUCAUCCCCAAUAAGGAGGCAAAGACCCUCACCAUCCAGGACUCAGGUAUCGGUAUGACCAAGGCCGAUCUGAUCAACAACCUUGGUACCAUUGCCCGCUCUGGCACCAAGCAGUUCAUGGAGGCUCUCUCCGCUGGUGCCGAUAUUUCCAUGAUUGGACAGUUCGGUGUCGGUUUCUACUCCGCAUACCUCGUCGCAGACCGUGUCUCCGUCGUCUCAAAACACAACGAUGACGAGCAGUACAUCUGGGAGUCCAGCGCUGGUGGCACUUUCAAGAUCUCGGAGGACACCGAGGGUGAGCAAAUCGGCCGCGGUACCAAGAUCAUCCUCCACCUCAAGGAUGAGCAGACCGAUUACUUGAACGAGAGCAAGAUUAAGGAGGUCGUCAAGAAGCACUCCGAGUUCAUCUCUUACCCCAUCUACCUUCACGUCCUCAAGGAGACCGAGAAGGAGGUCGAGGAUGAUGAGGCUGAGGAGACCACCGAGGAGGGCGACGAGAAGAAGCCUAAGGUUGAGGAGGUCGAUGACGAGGAGGAGGAGAAGAAGGAGAAGAAGACUAAGAAGGUCAAGGAGUCCAAGAUCGAGGAGGAGGAGCUCAACAAGACCAAGCCCAUCUGGACCCGAAACCCGCAGGAUAUCACCCAGGAGGAGUACGCCUCCUUCUACAAGUCGCUCUCCAACGACUGGGAAGACCACCUUGCCGUCAAGCACUUCUCCGUUGAGGGUCAGCUCGAGUUCCGCGCCAUCCUCUUCGUCCCCAAGCGCGCGCCUUUCGACCUGUUCGAGACCAAGAAGACCAAGAACAACAUCAAGCUCUACGUGCGCCGUGUCUUCAUUACCGACGAUGCCACCGACCUCAUCCCUGAGUGGCUCAGCUUCGUCAAGGGUGUUGUUGACUCUGAGGACCUGCCCCUCAACCUUUCGCGUGAGACUCUUCAGCAGAACAAGAUCAUGAAGGUCAUCCGCAAGAACAUCGUCAAGAAGACUCUCGAGCUCUUCAACGAGAUCGCUGAGGACCGUGAGCAGUUCGACAAGUUCUACUCUGCCUUCAGCAAGAACUUGAAGCUUGGUAUCCACGAGGACUCCCAGAACCGCCAGUCUCUUGCCAAGCUUCUGCGAUUCAACUCGACCAAGUCUGGCGAUGAGACCACCUCUCUCGCCGACUACAUCACUCGCAUGCCCGAGCACCAGAAGCAGAUGUACUACAUCACCGGCGAGUCUCUCAAGGCUGUCCAGAAGUCGCCGUUCCUUGACUCUCUCAAGGAUAAGGGCUUUGAGGUCCUCUUCCUGGUUGACCCCAUUGAUGAGUACGCCAUGACCCAGCUCAAGGAGUUCGACGGCAAGAAGCUUGUCGAUAUCACCAAGGACUUCGAGCUUGAGGAGACCGAGGAGGAGAAGAAGCAGCGCGAGGAAGAGGAGAAGGAGUUCGAGGGUCUCGCCAAGAGCCUCAAGAACGUCUUGGGCGAGCGUGUCGAGAAGGUGGUUGUUUCGCACAAGCUCACCGGCUCUCCUUGCGCCAUCCGUACCGGCCAAUUCGGUUGGUCCGCCAACAUGGAGCGUAUCAUGAAGGCCCAGGCUCUCCGCGACACCUCCAUGAGCUCGUACAUGUCUUCCAAGAAGACCUUCGAGAUCUCGCCCAAGUCUCCCAUCAUCAAGGAACUCAAGCGCAAGGUCGAGGCUGACGGCGAGGAGGACCGCACCGUCAAGUCCAUCACCCUGCUUCUCUUCGAGACCUCUCUCCUCGUCUCUGGCUUCACCAUUGACGAGCCCGUCCAGUACGCUGAGCGCAUUCACAAGCUCGUUUCGCUCGGCCUGAACGUCGACGAGGAGGUUGAGACUGAGCAGGAGGCCAAGGCUGACGAGCCUGCUGCCGAGGCGACUGGAGAGAGCGCUAUGGAGGAGGUUGACUAG